AUGCAUCCUCAUCUGCACACCAAGAACGCACUAGCCUGCGAAGAAGUCAUUGCCGCUCUGGAAGAGUGCCACGCCCGAGGCUUCAUGCACAAGGCCACCGGUGGCUGCAACGACAUGAAGGUCAAGGUCGACCGUUGCCUCCGUCAGGAGCGAACCAACAUGCAGGCCGAGAACAGGUCUGCCGCGAGGGAGAAGCGCAACAGGAUCAAGGCUGAGCAGAAGGCGCUGGGUCUCUGA